AUGUCGUCCGCCGCCCGUCCUGCCUCGCCGCCGAACGCGACAGUCCCCUUCCAGGCCGCCCUCUCCGUUCCCCACGAGAUCAAGACGGUCAUCAAGCGCAAGAACGCAGCGGUAGCGACCACCGCCGUCGCAUUCCACUCCUCCGUCCUCCACUCGCAGCUCGUCGACGGCGUCGUCCAGCUCCGCCUGAACAAGCUCGACCCCGAUGCACCUCCUUACGACGUCCCGAGCACGACUCAGGCGCUGUGGAACGCCCUCUUCAAGUACUUUGCGCGAGGGAGGGACUCGCCCGACAAGCUCGAGGUUGAGCCCGUCCUGCCCGCCGAGGCUCUCGACCUCGCCUUGAUGGAGCUCGGCGCAACGAAGAAGUCGCCCCGAUACACCAUCUCCCGCUCCGCCAUCUUCCAGCUGUACACCUACGCCUCGGACGUUCCCGAGACUCACCACGCCCCUCGAGCGCCCUUCCCUUACCUCCCCAUCACCCCGCCCGAAGGCUCGCCCUCGACACUCACGCACCCUCUCCGCCCGCCCAAGCCCAACCCCUCCAGUCUCCUCUACAGCCGCUUCCUCCCGCACCUCACGACCGACCCGCAGUCGCCCGUCUAUUUCAAGCUCUCGACCUGCACGCUCAAGGACCUCCCGACCCUGCACAACUGGAUGAACGACCCGCGCGUCGACCAGUUCUGGAUGGAGAAGGGCUCAAUGGAGCAGCACCAGCAGUUUAUCGAGAAGAACACGCGCGACCCGCAUGUCAUCCCUGUCAUCGGAUCGUAUGUCGAGCUGCGCGAGGAGAAUGGGCAGGUCCGCCAGCAGCCGGAGGAGCAGGCCGUCUAUGCCGAGAUCUACUGGGUCAAGGAGGACCGCCUUGCGCCAAUUAUGCCCGCUGGCACCGUGCAGGACUACGACCGAGGGUUGCACAUGCUUGUCGGAUCGAACGCACACCGCGGCCCUCACCGCAUCCGCGCCUGGAUGCCCUCCCUCGCACACUACUGCUUCCUCGAUGACCCUCGCACGCAACGCGUGAUCUGCGAGCCGAACGAGAAGAACGAGAAGAUCAUCAAAUACAUGGAGUCGAUCGGCUUCAAGCGGCACGGGUCUGUGACGUUCCCGCACAAGACCUCUGCGCUCAUGAUCCUCGAGAAAGAGGACUUUUACAGCCUGUGUCCGUUCUAG